AUGUUGUCUCUCCCUCUCGUCGCGCCUCGCGAUUCACACGAACUCUGGUUCGGCUCCUACCGCUCUCCCUCUAGAAUAGGAGGCAGCAGCAACAACAACAACAGCGCAGAUCGACGCCAACUACACAACGGCAGUAAUAGCCUCCACUCACAUGGCCACAGUCACAAUGGCGGCCAACAACAGCAAUACACACCAUCAACCCGCGCCCUUCUCUCCUCGGCCACCCCGUCCGAUAGUCUGGCGUUAUUACAACUUGAAGAACGGGCGUUGCGCCUCCGAAAAGAAAACAUUGCCUCCUUUGGCUGCGCCUGGAUAAAGCCCGCGGGGUGUCCCAAGACAAUGCUGGGAAUGAGAGAAGAAGAGGCGGAACGGGAAGAGGGUCUUGCCGCGGCAACGCAGGAAUUGAAUGUUGCUGCUAUGGCUGCGGCGGCGGGCGCCAUGGCCGGGGAUAAUAUGGAUGCGUUUGGGGACCCGUCAUUGCAACAGCAGCAGAUGGGAGUCGGGGACGGUGAUACGAGGGAUGGCGGUGGUGGGGAUGGAAUUGAUGCGGAUGAACUUGAGCGCGAUCUGGAUGAUGAUAUUCCUGAGGCGGAUGAUGGUUUUGGGGAUGAUGAUGACGAUGAGGAGGAGGGUCUGGUUGAGGAGGGUGAGGAGGGAUAUGAGGAGGAUGGGGAUGUGGAUGAAGAGCUUAUGGAACGGGAUUUAGAUGAUGAUAUACCGGAAGGGUUUCCGGAGGAUGACGACGAUGACGACGAUGAUCAAAAUGAGGAUGAGGAUCAGUUUGAUGAAGAAGAUGAACAUGGAUAUGAUAAUGAUGGCUCGGGUGGGGGCAUAAUGAUACGCGAUUUGGACGAGGAUAUCCCGGAAGCAGGGGAUUUGGAAGAUGAAGAUAUGGAUGAGGAACAAGACGAGGGAGAAUGGCAACAUACAGAUUCCGAUGAUGACUCGGACUUGGAUGACGAUGAUGACGACGACACACACGAUCCAUAUGCAGAGCAUAUUCGCGGAGGAGUGGUCGAUGUCGGCAUCACAGCCAACACCCAAACACCAGGGAGCGCCAACACCAAUACAGCAACGUCCGGACGACGCCGGCAACAUCAAUACCAACUUGAUAGUAGUCGUCGCCGUCAACCAACACUACCGCCCCCACCGUCAACGACCACACGACGAACCCGCGAGACAGAAGCACAGCGACGCUUUUUGCAGCGCUGGAGCGGAGGCGGCAUUGACUCAGACGCAGACGUUUUCGACACGAGUGCCAUUACCAUGGAUGAUGAGGAUGAUGAUGACUUGCGAGCUUCGAUUAUGGAACGUGCACACAGCGGACGUCCCCGACAGAGUCAGGGCAGGUUUAGUCGGUUCAUGGGACGGGGUGGGCCGAGGGAUAGUCUUGAUUAA